GGGCUCAGUGCAGAGGCCGCUGAGUCCGGGAGAAGGAAGAUCGGCAGCGGGAUCGUUCCCUGGGGACCCUCAACUGCCCGGGCGCUCCGAUCGGGUGGGCGCUAUCUGUGCGUUCUGCACCCCUGCCGGUGCCCGCCUUCUACCCUGCGAUCCCGUCUGGGUGCCCGAGCAGCCGCUGGCGCUUUGGUCCGAAGAGAGCGGGGCGCGCCGCGCCGCCAGCCGCCAUGGAGCCCGGGCCUCCUGGAGCCUCCAGGCCCGCAGAGCCGGGGCCUCGCUUGCACGGCGAGUGCGGCGCUGACCAGGCGGUCUCGGCCUGCUUGCUGUAUGGGGCCGGGGCCGGGGCCGAGGCCGAGGCCGAGCCCCAGCGCCACGCGCUGGCUGUGGCGGCGGUGCUGCCGGCAGGGGGGAGCGGGGAGAGGAUGGGCGUCCCCACUCCGAAGCAGUUCUGCCCCAUCCUGGGGAGGCCGCUCAUCAGCUACACCCUGCAGGCCCUGGAGAGAGUAUGUUGGAUAAAGGACAUCGUCGUAGCAGUAACUGGAGAGAACAUGGAAGUGAUGAAGGGCAUUAUUCGGCGGUACCACCAUAAACGCAUCUCACUAGUUGAGGCUGGAGUGACCCGUCACAGGUCGAUAUUCAAUGGACUGAAAGCACUGGCCCAGGAUCAGCCAGACUCGAAGCUCUCGAGGCCAGAAGUAGUGAUUAUCCAUGAUGCUGUGAGACCUUUUGUUGAGGAAGAUGUACUCUUUAAAGUUGCCGCAGCUGCUAAGGAACAUGGAGCAGCAGGAGCCGUUAGACCUCUUGUGUCCACCGUCAUCAGUCCAUCCCCCGACGGUUGCUUGGACCACUCACUGGAACGUGCCCGACACAGAGCAAGUGAGAUGCCCCAGGCUUUUCUGUAUGAUGUGAUCUAUGCAGCAUAUCAGCAGUGUAGUGACUACGACCUGGAAUUUGGAACUGAGUGUUUGCAGUUGGCUCUAAAAUAUUGUCAUGUUAAAGCCAAACUUGUGGAAGGAUCACCGGAUCUCUGGAAGGUGACCUACAAACGAGAUUUGUAUGCAGCUGAAUCGAUUAUUAAGGAAAGAAUUUCACAACAGAUUUGCGUAGUUAUGGAUACCAAAGAAGAUGAAGAACAUGUUGGCCAUCAUCUUGAAGAAAUGCUAAAAAAUGAAUUGAAUCAUCUGAAAGUCACAUCUGUGUCUCUGUGUCAUGCUGGCAGAGACCUUCAGCAAGUCCUGUCAGAGCGAUGCUACAGUUUUGUCUGUGUGAACGUUAUGACCUCUGAAUUUGAAGAAACCCAGAAAUUACUGAAUAUACUUAAAGAGAGUAAUCUUUCCAUUUUGUAUCCUGUCGUUGUCAUUUCAGUGCAUUUUCUUGAUUAUAAAUCAGUACCUGUGGACCAGAAGAUGGAAAACCUAAUGCGGAUUAGAGAUCUAGCAAAGGAAGCGAAAAAAAGAAAUAUUUUACUGUGUGGUCUUCUCAUAUAUUACCCACAGGACAAGCAAAAGCUACAGGAGAGUGUAAGGCAAGGUGCCACUAUCAUUACCACCUUCAUCAAGGAAAGAAACUCUGGAUUCAUUGGUCAGCUUCUGGUAGCAUGAAGAACACAGAGAAAAUUACCUACUGAGCUUAUAGAAACAUUUGUCUAAGUACUGUAUCUCUUUCAUGCUUCCCUACCUAUUGUAUGUGGUAGAAUGUCUAAGUUGUCUUCUGUGUUUCACAGUUUGUAGAAUAUCAUGCUCGGGUUAUAAAAGUGGAUCAAUGUUUGUAUCUGUGAAAUUAAAAUUUACUUUUUUGUGAAUGUCAAAAUAUAAAUGGCCUGACCCAGAAAAGAGUAGUUAAGUGGAAAAUAAUAGCCCUCAUGUAAUCUUUUCACAAAAGCAUGAAGGAUCAAAUAGAAAUGAUAAUGGGUGAGCUAAUCCUCCAAGGCAUGAGAAUUUGGAAAUCUUGAACUAUUAUCUCUGUGUUAAUUAAUAAAUGACACUAAAAUAAAAUUAAUAGAUAAGAUUCAGAAUUAUUGUUAAUUCUAAAAUUGUUCUCUCACCGUGAGAUAUUGACUUGUGUUCUGAUUUUCCAUGCAUUAAAACAAAGUAAAGUAAAACAGUAGAUAGUAGGGAAUUCUGGUUCAAAUAUCUUCACCAUUGAUCCUCACAUUACUCAAGAUCCCUAAACAAGAUGUAAUAUACUCCUUGAUUUAAUAUAAUUCUUAUUCAUUUUAAAGGGUUUCUGGUUUUUCUGAAUGAAUUUUAAAGAAGCCUGGGAAACUUCGUAAAAGUGAAGUUAUUCUGGUCAACCUCAAGUUAGUCUUUUAAAAAUCAGGAAGUCAUUGCAUGUCCAAGAACAUUAUUAAUUAUUCAUUUGGUACAGAUGCUGCUUUGUAAAGCAGGUUUUUAUUCUCUCAAAUUUCCACUGGUACAUCUAUCUUACAUAGUGAUGAUUCCCCUUAUAUUAAUUGCAUUGUGUAAUUAUGUACAUCCAGUCAUUAGAGAUGCCUUUUAUUCCAUAUUUACAUGCAUGUUCUAAUAUUACAUCAGAUCAGAUUAUUCAGGGUUUAGGCUACACAUGGAAACUAUAAAAGUUGCAUGAAAUAUUUCCUAUAACAUAUCUACCUAGUGGAAUAUCUUUUUAACAUGUCAGAUAACUUUUCUUAUAUUUCUCAAGUGUGACGAUUAGCAGGGGAGUUUGUACUUCACAUGUAAGUGGCAGUGAGUAGAAGACAAUGGACGUGGAGUAACUACUGCAAUUCAUUCCUCUAAAUGAAAUGCGCUUUUUCAGUGUAAUUUCUACCUGUGCUUCUGGGCUUGCCACUUUCUCUCUCUCUCUCUCUCUCUCACUAGGGAUGUUCUCACAUAAAAUAAAUCACUUAAUUCAAAUCCUGAGGGUGGCUGUAUAUGGGCAAUGUGCGGAUUUUGGGUAGAAUGUCUCUGUUGUUUAGGUGGUGGGUCAGCUGUGUUAUGAAAGGUUCACACCUUCUGCCUGUUGAAGUCCUCAGGUGAACAUGUUUUUAAGAAUUUAAAGUUGUGUAUAAAGGCAAAUGGGGAAAUGUUAUCAAGGUUUUAAAGAGAGGGCGAGUGUCUUCAAGUUCAAGGCAGGGAAGGCGUAUCUAUGGCACAAGAGAACCACUGUAUUGACCAAGUGUUGGCUGAGUACCUUAGAUUCAGCCUAAUAAUGGAAUGUUACACCAGACAAGAAUUUAUCUGGGAGUAAUCAGUAUGACUUUACCCUAGGCAAUUGGAAACAUUUAGUGUAAUGAGGUUUAGCUAAUAAAAUAUUAAAUUGUGUCUAAACUAAUCACUACCAUCAUCAUCACCAUCAUCAUAAAAUUUUAUUUUAUUUUUUUCUUUAUAGUUUACAAGUGAUUCACAGGCUUGGCAACAAUUAAAUGAAAUCCCCCCCACAUCUUUUACUGUUUAGAUGGGAAGUGAUGUUCAGGAGCCUUAACUACCUUGCUCAAAGCCAUGUGGCUGCCUAGUAACAAAAGCCAGGGCUUAAAGUCAAGACCACUGUAAACUGUGAUUGCUGGCAAGGGACACCUGGCAGAGAGGCUGUGCGUGGGAAGUCAGCCAGAGGCUGGGGGUGAGCACUGGAGGAAUGGACAGAAGGGGCGGCUCUGCCCAAUUACCAGAGGAACGUCCUGAAACUUUUGUUUUUAAUUUUGAUGUUUGAUUUUAGAGAGAUGGGAAGGGAGGGAGAAAGGAAGAGAAAUAUCCAUGUGAGAGAGAAACAUCGAUUGGUUGCCAUAUGAAUGCACUCUGACCAGGGACUGAACUUGUAACCCAGACGAGUGCCCUGACCAGAAUCCAGUCGGGGACCUUUCCAUUUGUGGGAUGACACCCAACAAACAGAGCUGCAUCAGCUGCAUCAGUCCUGAAGCUUUUGGCUUUCUAGCCAUCUUUCCAGCACACAAAAAUUAUACCUAAGGGUGAAAGGAGUGGAGGGAAUUAUUGACCAGGGGAGAAAGAUAAAUUAGCUGUUUCUAUUGUUUAAAAAGAUUCAGGCCCUGGCUGGUGUAGCUCAGUGGAUUGAGCACAGGCCUUCGAACCAGACAAUUGUGGUUCGAUUCCCAGUCAGGGCACAUUCCUGGGUUGCAGACCAGUUCCCUGCAGGCCAGUUCCAAGCAGGGGAUGCAUGAAAGGCAACCAUACAUCGAUGUUUCUCUCCCUCUCUCCUUCCCUUCCCUUCUAAAGAUAAAUAAAUAAAAAUCUUUUAAAAAAUGUGUUGGUUUGUAAUCAGCCUGUAUAGAUUAAAAAAAAAAGAUUCAGAGGCUUACUUUCAGGAAAACUGUCUAUUUUCACUUUGUUUUUCAAAGGCCAUUAAAAAUAAUAGUAAUUAUGCCUCAGGUUCCUGAAAUUGCUUUCUACUUGGGGACAGUUUUGUAAAAAGGCUUUUUCCUGAACAUAUGCUAGUUCAUUAAAUGCAAUUUAAAGAUAACCCUUUUAGAUAUUUAACAGCUUGAUCAAUGACUUUAUUAAUGACAUACUAAUAGGAGGUAGUCUUUUUUUAUUGAAGUGCUCGAUUUGAGAGAUCAUGUGCAGCAGGUAUACUCAUAUACAGAUAAAAUUCCAACCUGUCUUACUAUGGUCAGUUUAAACAUUUUGCAUUGGUUUAACAAAAAAGUGUUUUUUCUCAUGCUACUUUAUUAUAAUUAUAAUCACUUUUUCCAUUAUAUGCAUUAACCCAAUGAUUAUUUUAUAAAAUCAAGUUGUAGUAGAAUAUUUUCUUAUAUUGAACCUGCAAAUUUUACUUCCUUUUAAUAUUUAAACUAAUUAUGUCAAGCAAAAUCAUAAUAUUUUAAUAAAAAUGUAAAGAAAGCCAUUUGGAAGAAGAAAAAUUGAAGUUAGCUUUAAAGUUUAAUUCAAAAAUGAACAGAAUAAAUGAAAAAUGCACAUCAUUUUAGUAUUCAUUAGUAGGGUCUAAAAUAAGUGGACUAGAAGUGGCUGUGUAGGGGGUUUUGGCAUCAUGACAUUUAUAUAUGUUCUCACACAUUUUUAGUUUCAAAAUUGUGCAAAUGUAUGGAUAUUUUUUAAGUAAAAAGUAACAAAUUACUGUUAAAGAUUCUCAAUAUAGUCUACAAAACAAAAGUAAU